AUGGGAAACAUUAACAGAAAACAUUUUAGAGGCUAUGCAAUUGCACCGGAUAGGAGUGUUUCACUAAAUCAGUUCAAGCUCAAUCAUGAGAUUAUCGAGGAUGCCAACAAAAAGGUCCAAGAAAAUCUUGCGAGUUCCUCUUCUUCAAAGCCCGUAAUUGAAAUUGAGAAUGCAGUCUUUAAUGAGCUCAUGUAUAAAGGUGAAGUACCUAAACGUCCUCUGAAUUAUGGAUUUGGAGUGAAGCAAAGCGACAUCUUUGGAGUGGAAGGUUUGCUGAGGAAAGAAGGGUCAAGCUAUGUUAACAACAAUGCUAUGGAAGUGGAGAACAUGAAAGGUGAAAUAUCAGUUGUCAAGAAGCAAAAUGAGGACCUUGCGCAACAAAAUCAAGUUCUAAACACCAAGUUUGAAGAAACAACACAAUCAUUUAAAAUGAUUGCUUCUUUUUUGGGACAAGUUUUGAAGGAAGUACGCAAAGGGAAUGUUUCAUCGAACCUUUUAGAUGGUGCGGAAUCAGCAAUAAAUAUGAUUACUGAUGAUUCUGGUGGCAAUGGUGACAACCAGGCCGAGAAAUGAGACUUUGACACUAUUGCCAAAUGCAAGAUUAUUGAUGAUUCAAGUGGUAAUAGUAAAUGUAGAUCAAGAGAUGAACAAGUUAUCUUGAAGCUAAGCUAGCAUAACGAUAUGUUUACUUGUUCGUAGUCAGGAAGUUGUUUUUAUUUAGUUUUGGACUAUCUUGUAG